AUGUUUUCCAGAAUGAUGCUCUCUGUGUUAACAACACUUCUUUUAAGCUUUAAAAUUGCUCAGGCACUUCCUGCGAGUUCAUUGAUCGAUACACUCUCUGGCGCCUCGAAUGGCGCCAUGUAUUUCCAAACGAACGAAGUGGCCAACAAUGUUGUCGCCCUGAAUGUCCACGUGAAUGGCACGCUGUCGCUUGGAGGUAGAGUCCUUACGGGAGGUGUGGGUGCAAGUUCCAUCAGCAGCGCGACAAACAUGACAGCGGCCCCCGAUGGACUCAGCAGUCAAGGUUCUGUAAAGGUAGUGGGCCACAAUCUAUUCGUUGUCAACGCCGGAGACAACACUGUUUCCAUCUUUGCAAUCGAUGCUUACAAUCCUACAAAUUUGACUCUUCUAGGAGAGCCUGCUAAACUUCCUGGCGAGUUUCCCGUGAGCGUGGAUGCGUCUUUGCUGCAUGAGCUUGUGUGUGUUGCGACGACAGGUGCCAGCUCGGGCGUUACAUGUGCUCCCUACUCUCCCAAUGUGGGCAUUGGCAAGUUCGACUUCUUGAGGAGCUUCGAAUUGGGCCAGUCAACACCUCCGGUGGGCCCAGCGAACACCGUUUCCCAGGUUUACUUUUCGGAAGACGAGACAUCGCUUAUCACCACCGUCAAGGGUAAAGGGACCCCCGAGAACAAUGGUUUUGUCUCGAUAUACCCGGUAGUUGUACCAUCCGGCUUUGAAGGCGCUCGUCUUGCGCCUGCUGAUAUCCGCACCAGUUUGAACGAAACCAACCUACUUUUCGGAUUCCAGCAAAUUCCUGAAUCCAGUCAGUACUUUGUGGCAGAUCCUUCUUUCGGUGCGGCAAUCAUUUCCGUAGACGAAGCUUCCGGUGUGUCCCGCGUUUUGCACAGACAGGAGAUCCCCGGCCAAAAGGCUACAUGCUGGGCCGCGGUAUCGCCUGCUUCUAACUCGGCAUUCGUGACCGAUCCUCGGGUCGGUCAUGUGGUCGAGUUGAGCUUGUUCGAUGCAAGCAUCGUGUCUGUUUUGAACACCACACGCACUUACGUUGACAUCGCUGCAGCGGGAGGCUAUGUUUACGCUUUAAGCCCAGGAAGCAGCAAUUCUAGCGGCGUCGAGGUAUCAGUAAUUUCCGGUGCAGGAAAUGGGCAACGUACGGUUUUGCAGUCGCUGAGCGUUGGUGAUUGGGCAGGAAUUAGCGCGCAAGGCGCUGCCGUAUUUCCUAGCGGGUACUAG